UUAUUUUUCAUUAUUUACUUUAUCACUCAGUAUACUAACCAUAUCUUCUUUUUGCUUUUCCCCGUUUUACAGUAUCUACUACAAAAUAUGGAAUAUAGACUUAAUAUUACUGAAAUAACUCCGGAAACAAGAGAGUGGACAUGCAAAGUACAACUAAUUGAAAAAGCUAGAGCAAGACAAAGUAAAGAUGGGCGGAUACGAUUUCAAGUCAUGAUUGCGCAAGAUGAGACGGAAGAACAAGUUGCAGUUGUUUUGUAUGGAGAUGACAUAGGAAAAUAUGAAAAGAAGUUCACUCCCUUCAACACAUAUUUGAUAUCAACUGCAAAAGUUAGACCACCUCUACCCUAUGGAAUUCCUAUCAAUAAGUUUGAAUGGGUUCUAGAUAGAUUUACUGUUAUUGAACAAGUAAAGGGAGACAAUGUAGAGGAUCCACCAUUGCCUACUCCAACAAGAUUAAACACAGUAUCUUUAUCGAACCUGGACCAAGAGCCACGGCAAGGAGUACUUCACUGUUAUGGUAAUGAUGAUUGCAAAUGUGCUGAUUCAAAGAAAGGAGUUAGUAUCAUUACUGUACCUGAAGAAAAUAGGCCACAUAUGAUAUCUGAAAAUGAAAAUGAGGAUGAUGAGAAUGUUACCUUGGUGAGUGAUUCCAGUAGUUUAUGUGCUGAUGAUUUUAUAAGUUUUGACGUAGCGUCUGAUAUAGACGAUCAGAAUUUGGUAGAUGCUCAGCAGUUAGCUGCAAUAUUUUGUAGUGGAUUAUAUACCCCUUGGGGGAUUUACAUCUGUGUGUGGAAGGAGACCGGAAAUGAAAGAUGCGCUUGCAACUGUUCCUAG